AUGGAUGACCGCAGUUAUGAUGACACUGAACCUACGCCACAGCCGCACUAUUUUCGGCCUCCCCUUCCCUCUCAGCAUCCAACACUGCAAAUGGAACAGAGUCCCAACACAGCAUUGCUGAAUCACCAUAGCAUCUUAUCUUAUGGUGAUAGCAUAGAAGGCCUUGACGUCGUUGACGACGGCAGCAGUCUUCCAACUUUUAAUGACGAGCCACCGUCACCAAUGACUCGGCCUUCUCAAUCUAUGAUGAUGGGGUCCCAUGGAUCAACCACUGCUGCCAAUACACGCUUUGCUCGAACCCAACCGCCAAUUGCUGAAGUCCAUUUUGAAGGAGAAGGAGAAGAAGACAGCACCUAUUACGAUGCCAUGGCAGAGCAAGCCUUGGCUCGUCGCACAAAACGAUCGUUACUUGCCGUACCGGAACCUGACAAGUCGCACAAUACGGAUCGACAUGUCAGCUAUGCAUCUGGAGUUUCUGCAUCCGAAUCGACGAGCGCCUCUAUUGACUUUUCGUCAUCGCUUUCUCAAAUGCAUACACCAUCAACCCCAGGUGCUAGGAGCAUACCGAGCCAUACAGCAAGCCCAGUUGCGCAUUUACCAUCGCCACGAAACCUUUCCCAAUCUCGAUCUCAAUCACCUCAUCAAUCUCGAUCACAAGAUAUAUCCUCUGACGACAUGCUUCGAGUGCACAAAAGUUCACUAGAUACUCUCAUGAAAAUGAAGGAGGAACUCAUGAAGGCGAAUCAAACAAAGGAAGCAUUGCAACGAGAAAAACAAGCAUUGCAAAAAGAACGAGACACCAUUCGCCAAGAGUUUCAGACAUACAAAGCGGAUCAAGGAUACCAACUCCAACAGCUAAAAGUUGAAAAACAGACAUGGGUCAGGGAAAAACGAGAUUUUGAGGUACAGAUACGAACGGCGGAUCGAUUAAAGAAGGACAAUAUGCAUCGACGAUUGGCGGCCGACAAUCAAAAGAAAGAGUUCAAGACUCAGUUGGAAGAAUUGCGACUUGAUUUGGGAGAGGCCAAAGCAGAAAAGGAUUUGCUAUCAUCCAAUGUCGAAGCCCUGCAAAAGUCCAAUGAAUCACUGAAAGAACAAAAUGCUGAAUUGUCCAAGGAACUUGAGGAGCAAAAGACAACCAGUGCUAAACUUGUACAUGACUUGAAGAAGCAAGUGCGAGACCAAGAUGAACAAAUAGAGCAUAUUCAAAAGGUUGCCGAAUCCAAAGCUGAAGAAGCUGAAAAUUUCCGCAAGAAACUGACCAAAUACGCAGCUGCUCUCAAGGAAGCCCAGAAAAAUCUCAAAAAGCCAACACUCAAGAAUCCUCCGAGCUAUUCCACGGAUGGUCAACAAGAAGAGGGUUUGGAUAAGUCGGUCACCAACCGAUUGGCCAAGAUGCGAGAUUCAGCCGAAAGGGCGCACAUGAUCCGACUGCACAAACGUGAGCUGGCUCGUCUCAAGAUGGAUAAGGAUGUUCAGAUCCAAAAAAUUGUAGCAGAACAUGAAGAUGUCCUGCGAAAGGUCACCAAGGAUUCUACCGCCAAACUAAAUGCCAAGAUGGAAGAAUUGAGAACUUCCCUCAGGGAAGAGUAUGACAGCAAGUUCUCCAACAUGGAGAAACAUCACAAUGACAAGUUUGGUGCUUUGCAACAAGAAUAUCUGCGCAGUCAAGAAGACUCUGACGAGGCUCUCCAAGUUGCUCUUGGUAAGGUCUCAGAGGCCUCCAAAGAAUACGAAAAGGAAGCCGCUCGACGAGAAGGUGCCCAAAAGACUUUGGAUCAAUUGAGGAAAAAGUUGACCACGGAGAAACGCAUGGUCGCCGAGAAAUACGAGAAAGAACUGCAACAACAUCGUGUGCAAUGGGAACAAGAGCGAGAAACCUUACUUGCUGUUGUUCAGAAAGACUGCAACAAUGCUUUUGAGACUCAUCGAAAGGGUUUUACAGUGAAUAAGUCACUGAACAAAUCACUAGAGUCCCAGCGACGAAGCCCAACAUCGACUCUUCACACCUUCUUUCCGCCUACUAUCAGUGUCGAUGCGGAUGAUGGAUCUUAUGUUCGAUCUGUUACUGGAAGUGUUCGAUCUCUCACAGGACACGUCCAAGUGAUUUCGCCAUCCGAGAGUGACCUCGAGAGCGAUUUGAAGUAUACCGAGGACCUGAUUGCAGGCCUAUUGUAA